UUUUUAAAUCAGUUCAAGCGAUUUAGGUUUUUUUUGUUGUGUAAGAUCAGAAUGCAGAUUUAUCCGCUUGCAUGCGGUACAAAAACCAAACCGAUUAUCUACUAAAAUAAAAAUAAUAAACGCAUGUCGUAAAAUGCAAUUGCAGUUUUUGACAGACGUUAACUUUCUUUGCCCAAACUUUGACAAAACAGUAAAAUCACCGGGUUCAAGGGUCUUUUGAAAGAGAUUGACAGAUUUAUUGUAUUAUGAUCACCUACCUACCCGAAUAAAUAACUCUAUUAAAAUUAAUAUGAUGUAUGAACUUUUGUACUAUAUUUUCUUUUCUUCUUUUUUUCAAGUUUACUGACGGAAAGGGUCAUAUUCUAUAACUGUUGAUAUAAAAACAAUUUACAUGACUGGUGCGAGUUUACUUUUUAAAAAAAACUAUGUCGCGUCUGUGUUAAAUGUAAUAACAUUUGGAAUACAAAUCUAAAAAUGUUAGUUUCGCAGAAAAUGAAACGAAACAUUAAUAAUAAUGUUUCGAUAAUUUCUUUUUUUAAAUUUUACAUAAUGUUAUUUUUUGUUAUGGGUGUCGUUUGCGAUGAUAAUCUGGAUAUACGGGCCGAUCGACAAAAUCGUCUGCUACAACGUCAUCCGCGUGCUGCUGACAGUAAAGAGUCAACCAAGUAUCCUUUCGGUACCGCGGCAUCUUUUGGGAGUGCUGGGGAACAUAUGCAGCUUAGAUUGGAUGACAAUACGAAUUUCCCAAAUGAGGAAUUUAGCGUGCAAUUCUGGAUCAAGCCGGAGGGUGGCCAGUACAGAUUCACGCCUAUAAUAGGCGUACACGACGCGUGUAGUAGCGACAAAAGUAUCGGUUGGACUAUCGGGUUCAAGCUUCCGUCAUACUCCAGACAUAAUGCUAGAGUUGUCUUUUCUUUACAUUCCAAUGACGCAGACUCAUCGUCUGAUAUUCUGUCGCACAAACCUUUUGAGCCAAACACAUGGACAAAUAUAGCCGCAACAUACGAUGGAUCUUCGAUGAAACUUUUUAUGAACGGAGCAGAAGUUUCGCUCAAUGGAGAACAAAAUGGCGCCAUAUUCAGGCAACAUGUCAAAAGCUGCAUUAGUUUAAUAAUGGGUGGACGGCCAGACGAGGAUAUUUAUUACCGCGGAAAAUUGAUGAGUUUGGAUUGUGGAACCGUGCUUUUAAGUCAUGCCGAGAUUGUUGAAAACAUUAACAGACAUUCCAAUGAUUUUUCUCGUUUAGACAACUCUGUUGUAGUAGAUGCAUUUGAGAGCUUGGACAAUUGGGAAAUACUGUCGGAUGAAAAUCCAGAGCUUGUUACGUCUGAUGUCGUUCUACCGUAUCAUACGGUUCGUCUUGAAGCGCCCCCUUGUGGUCGGACUGUUUGUGAUGACCCGGAAACUGUAAUAAGCUAUCUGAACAAUGCAAAUCUGCGGAAUGAAAAAGAGAUACGGUACAGGGUGGUGAAUGUUCUUGAUGACAACGGGAAGAAAGCACAAGUCUACGAUAAACAGAUUCUAGAACAGCACAGAAUACUUAAUAAAGUGUUUAACCAAUAUAACAUCAGCUUGGAUCUUCAGGUCCGACGUGUAAAAAAUACGACACUUUUGCAAAAAGUUUUUAUGUUUGAUUGCCACCCGUAUCAAAUAGGCGACGGCUAUUGCGACCAAGUAUGCGCGCAUUCUACAACCGGAAAUGACGGCGGGGAUUGUGACCACGUGACAUCUGAAUGCAAAAAAGAUUUGCUUGGAAACGGAGAGUGUAAUUCUGAAUGUAACAAAGCUUAUCAUAACUAUGACAACGGUGAUUGCUGUAAACCAGGAGAUGAGAAGGCUUAUCAUACAUGCAUAAACCCCGAGAACCCUCAAAGGGGCUACAUGAACAUUGAAGAGUUGAAAAUGGAGUUACAAAUAGCCGGUGAUGACGUCAUCAACGUGUUUUUCGUAACGUCAAGCUGGGACACGGACACAUUUCGAGGAUUAGCAACAUACCCCUGGGAGAAAAAUGUUUACUCUACAAUGGGUGGAAUUGUGAUGCACGAGAAUAGUUUUGGAAAACUCGGCAAAUCGAAGGCACUGAUUCACGAGUUUGGUCAUAUAUUUGGUCUCUGGCACGUGCAUAGAGGCGUUUCUGAGAUGUCAUGUGACCAUCCCUGUGUAGAAACACAUCCCUCGUUGGUUCUUGGUGACUUGUGUUCUGAUACAAACCCCACUCCGAGAAACCGUUUCUGCAGAGAACCAAAACAUCAAGAAGACCCGAAUGGGUGUGACCAUAAAACGUUUGAAAACACCCCUUAUACCAACUACAUGAGUUAUGCAGAUGACACGUGCACAGACCACUUUACACCGCAACAAGAGGCUCGAAUGCACUGUUACAUUGACUUGGUCUACCAACCCAUGAGAGAUAUGGAGAGACCUGCGCCUGUCCCUGUACCUCCGAGGGUAAUUGAAGCAGACAUUGACAGCGUUCAUCUAGCUUGGCUCAAACCUUUAGGCCUUGAUAACGGUUGUGACACAGAAAAUGCCCUACACCAGUACGCAAACACGGCCAGCUCGUCUCACAGUGGUAUAAGAUGGUCUCCAAACGAAGCAACAGGUUUUCCGGAUGCUGAGAGUUGCAAACCAAGCAGAUGUGCAUUUAAAACCUUUCUGUUAAAACCGUUUCACACAAAUUCGUUAAUAUAA